CACUAGCAAGCUAAAGCUCGACGGCUUGCCUGGCGGGCUAUACUCCCGUCCAAAAGCCCUAGCAGCACGCGAUACAGUGGUUUUGCAAAAGCCACAGCCCCAGUUGCAAGCGGCAAACAGCCUCGCCGCCCGGCGGCAACUAGCACCGCUUGCCAGCGAGGUACUGGUUUUGACCUCAGCGCAGCCAAAAAGGCGACGCGACCGCAGCCAUGGCGACGAACGGCAAAGCCGCGCCGGGCACGCCCCCGCGCCGGCCCAAGCCCGCGCCCUUCACGCCGAGCAACGCGCGCGGCGAGCGGCCCGCGAUCGUGCCCGCGGAGGACGUCGAUAUGUCCUUUUUCACGGAAUUCACGACGUACUUCGCCUACACGUUGCUCAUCGCCGUCGGCCACCUGCGGGACUUCUGGGGGCGCUUGACGGGACGGACGCGCUUCGCCACGCUCAAGUCGAAACCACAGACGAAGCUCGCGCCGCUCCUCAAGUCGUGGGAGAACUUCUACACACGUCGUUUGUAUGAUCGCAUCAUCGACGUCUUCAACCGGCCCAUCUGCUCGUCGCCGUCGGCCUGGAUCACGGUGCAGGAGCGCGCGCCGCACCCGGAGACGUCGGAGCUCAUCCAGACGGGCAAGGAACGUAGGUGUUUGAACCUGGGCUCCUACAACUAUUUAGGAUUUGCCGACGACUGGAUGAACACUUGUGGAGAACCCGUACUCAAAGCGGCGCGAGAGUGGCCGACGAGUUGUGGAGGCACGAGGACGGGCGUGGGCACGACACCCCUCCACAGGAAGCUCGAAGCGAAAGUCGCGAAGUUCGUGGGCAAGGAGGACGCGGUCGUGUUCAACAUGGGCUACGGCACGAAUUCGACGACCGUACCGGCGCUGGUGGGAAGAGGUGACCUGAUCGUCAGUGAUGAGCUCAACCACUCGUCGAUCGUCGCUGGGUGUCGGGCCUCCGGCGCCUUGAUCCGGUCCUUCAAGCACAACGACGCGAAAGCGCUCGAAGAGGUGCUGCGCGAGGCCAUCGCGUACGGGAGACCUCGGACGCGGCGGCCGUGGCGCAAGAUCCUCGUCAUGGUCGAGGGCAUUUAUAGCAUGGAGGGCGAGAUCUGCGACCUGAAGAACAUCUCGAAAGUGGCGAAGAAGUACAAGGCGUAUUUGUCUGUGUGGACAUCAACCAGUGUGUUGGGUGCACCCGAUGAUUUUUCACCAAGUCAUUUCUCGGCGAUGACGCGGCCGCGCUGGCUCCGUCGAGCGGUGAGGAACCGACAUCGCCACGCCAUCGAGCAGGUGUCGCGUCGAUGGCGUGGAGGUGGACGCGGUGAUUCAGCGCGAACGCCCCGUAAAAUUUGAUUUCCACACAGGUAUUUGUAUCUGGAUGAGGCCCACUCCAUUGGUGCUCUCGGCGACACGGGCAAAGGCUGCUGCGAGCAUUGUGGGGUGGAUCCGGCGGACGUGGACAUUUUGAUGGGUACGUUCACGAAGAGUUUUGGCGGGAUGGGCGGCUACGUUGCUUCUUCCAAAGCUGUCGUAGACCACCUCCGGAGGACGUGCCCGGGCGUCUUGGCGCAUGACGCGAUGUCGCCGAUCAUGUGUGCCCAGGUCCUAAGGGCCCUGGACAUUGUCCAAGGUACCGUCAAAGGUUCAUUGGGGAGAGAAAAAAUCGACGCGCUCAAGUCGAAUUCGAACUACUUCCGGUCCGAACUCCAAGCUUUCGGGCUGCACGUGUACGGGGACUGGGACUCGCCCAUCGUGCCCGUGCUGCUCUACAACCCGACGAAGAUCGCGGCCUUCUCGCGGGAAUGUUUUGAUCGUGGGUUGGCCGUUGUCGUUGUCGGAUUUCCGGCGACGACACUCGUGAAGUCGCGGGCGCGCUUCUGCGUGUCUGCCGGACACACGCGCGAAGACUUGGACGACGCCCUGAAGAAGAUCAAGGAGGUCGCGACGCUCAUCAAGAUCCGCUACAACGUGUCGGGCUUCGGAUGAGCUAGCUCCCCUCGGUGCCUAAGGGCGUUUUCGGUUUAUUCUAGCGGUGUAAGACACUAGCCAGCAGC